AUGAUCACCAAGCGGGAGGCGGAGCGGCUCUGCAAGUCCUUCCUGGGGGAGAACCGGCCGCCUAAGCUGCCGGACAACUUCGCCUUCGACGUGUCGCACGAGUGCGCCUGGGGCUGCCGGGGCAGCUUCAUCCCGGCCCGCUACAACAGCUCGCGGGCCAAGUGCAUCAAGUGCAGCUACUGCAGCAUGUACUUCUCGCCCAACAAGUUCAUCUUCCACUCCCACCGCACGCCCGAGGCCAAGUACACGCAGCCCGACGCCGCCAACUUCAACUCC